GGCAUUUAUGAUAUUCAUAACGACUGUGGGGUUAAUAAAUGCUUUACCAGCGCUUGUACCAGAGAUUCAUGUGGUUUCUCCAGGACCAGGACCCUGGGUUAUUGGAAGUCAACAAACCAUUAGUUGGUGGGCAUCUGGGAUUCUUGGAAAUCCUUAUGUAACUGUCGCGGUUUACAAGGUUGGAAAUGAUACGCCUUUGAUUGCAAAUAAC